AUGGAGUACAGUGCGUGGAAAUACGUGGAUAAUGAUAAACAGAGGAAAUGCUCUGAACGAUUGAGUUGUCGUUGCAUUAUCAUUGUUUGCGUUGUUUUUAUUGUCUUAAUUCUUAUAGCCGUCGCUAUUGUACUUAUAAUCAAGUUUGUUGUUCUGAAAUCCGAUUCUAUACCCACGUUGCCUGAGACAACUACUUAUUAUACAGAUACAUCGUCAACAUCACUGGUCACCACUGAAAAGCCAAUAGUUCCAACGUUGACUAAUGCCAGUACCGCGACCUCAUCUAAUGGAACAUUAAUCGGUAUGACAACAGCAACAAUGUAUACCGGCACAUCAGAAAUGUCAUCUGAAACAAGCAUGACUAUGUUUACAUCAAUGGUUACAACCGAAAUGCCAGAUUCUGUGUCUGAGACAGGAAGUACCAAACGACAAGAGCAACGACGAUGUUGUUGUUGGAUCGUCCUUAUCGCGCUGAUCAUCUUCUUAGUCGCGGCGCUUGUUAUCACUUUAGUUGUUAUAUUUGUUAUUCUACCAAAACAGCCGUCUCCCAAGUCUGUUUGGAGUCAACUACAAAAUAUGACAAACGCACGAUGUCAGCAUACUGCAUCUGUACUUUCAAAUUCAAUAGUGUUAGUUGUUGGUGGACAAAAUAACGGUACCCUCUUGAAAAGCAAUGAAGUUUAUAAUUUCAGCACUGGUAGCUGGAACUUAUCUAGCAACUUGAUCGAUGGACGUUAUGAUCAUACAGUAACAAAAUUACCAGAUGGAUCGAUACUGAUAGUUGGCGGCCGUGGUGAAAUAAAUGCGCUAAAGUCUGUUGAAAAGUAUAAUUCAACAAGCGCAGCAUGGCGGUCUAUUCAAGGAAUGAAUAUUCCACGGUAUGGACAUACUGCUUCUGUAUUAGAAGAUGGAAAAAUAUUGGUGGCUGGUGGAAGGAAUAAUGCCGAUGGUGUAUUAGACAGUUGUGAAAUCUAUAAUCCAAACGAUGAAACAUGGCAACCUACCAGAGGAAAAAUGAAAAAUGGACGAUAUAGUCAUGCAGCAAUUGAAACAAAAGGAGGUGUAAUAGUCGUUGGUGGAUAUGGGAGUGAUCAUCUGAAAACUGUGGAAAUAUAUGAUCCAGCGCAACAAUCAUGGAGUUUUGUUGGCAACAUGAACCAUUCUCGAAUUAAACCUGUCUUGGUCUCAUUGAAUGGAGGAUCGGUAUUAGCUAUUGGAGGAUCCAAUGAUGAACCUCUAGCUAGUAUCGAAUUAUAUGAUCCAAACAGCAGUACUUGGACCAUGAAGGAAAAUAUGUCUGAUCCACGAGAUCAGCAUACAGCGUCUUUGUUAGGAGACGAUAUAGUGCUCGUCGCUGGUGGAUACAGGUCUAAAGACAGUGUACUGAAUAGUGUUGAAUUAUACAAUGUGUCAUCAGACAGAUGGACACUUAUCGAAAAUAUGACAUACGCACGUUACGGACAUACAGCAUCUAUACUAGCCGAUGGUUCAGUGCUGAUCGUUGGUGGAUGUGCUUCUGAGAAAAAUACGCUCAACACUGUUGAGUUAUACAAUCACAACACUACAGUUCUUUUCUCCGUUCUGUCAGAAGAAGGAAACACACACAAGUAUCGCUCUCUUUCAAUAAAAAAAAGAAAGAUAUAUACUUUCUCGUUCUUUUUCGCUUGCAUCGAAACUAUUCAUCAAAGCAGUCUAAAAUGGUUGAGUCGAGAUGAGCAAAUCGAAGAGAUUACUCUAUACUUACCUUCCAGUUGUCAAUAUCUUCGCUUUUCUGGUGUAGAAUUAAGUGAGAAGGCUGUAAACUUCAUUGGAGAAAACCUUCUACUUCGUGGAAAGAGUUCUAAUUUGCAACAUUUAUCUUUGUGUAAUACAAAAUUGACCGACGAAGGAAUCACAUGUUUAUGUCACGCAUUAAUCAACGGCAAAAAUUGCAGACUUCGUUCUCUUGAUGUUCAGUUGAAUAAUUUCACCGAUAUUGGUGCACACGAAAUAGCUAAAAUGUUAGAAGUGAACAAAGGAUUGGAAAUGUUGGACAUCAGUUAUUUGCAAUUGACGCGCGAUGGUAUAAUGGUCAUCUUGACAGCUUUGGUAGAGAAAAAUCGAACAUUGACAACAUUAGAUAUGACGAGUUCAAUACUUAUAGAUGAAAACAUGAAGAAUUUGCUAAAACGUAUUGAAGACAGAGUUCGUGUAAUAAAUGCGUACUACGGUUAUUAUUAA